AUGGAGGAGCCGAACAAUGCUGGGUAUGUAGCUCUAGGGGAAACAUCCUUUCCGACAUUAGAUAAGUCCCAGAAGGUUUCAAUCCUACCGCUUGUUUUCCUGAUCUUUUAUGAAGUUUCUGGGGGACCAUUUGGAGUUGAAGAUAGUGUACAGGCAGCUGGACCUCUUUUAGCUCUUAUUGGCUUUUUGCUUUUCCCAUUUAUAUGGAGCAUUCCAGAAGCCUUGAUAACUGCAGAAAUGGGUACCAUGUUCCCAGAGAAUGGUGGAUAUGUAGUUUGGGUUUCAUCAGCCUUGGGUCCUUACUGGGGUUUUCAACAAGGUUGGAUGAAAUGGCUGAGUGGUGUUAUCGAUAAUGCACUAUACCCAGUAUUGUUCCUAGACUAUCUGAAAUCGGCAAUCCCGGCAUUGGAGGGUGGUUUCCUUAGGAUAGUAGCGGUUCUGGCUUUGACAGUGGCACUCACUUACUUGAACUACAGGGGUUUAAGCAUAGUGGGAUGGGUUGCUAUACUCUUAGGGGUCUUUUCCCUGCUUCCUUUUGUGUUCAUGGGACUGGUGGCAAUCCCCAAACUGGAGCCAGCAAGGUGGCUUGUGGUAGAUUUCAGCAAUGUGAACUGGGGUUUGUACUUAAACACUUUGUUCUGGAACCUCAACUACUGGGACUCGAUUAGUACUCUUGCAGGAGAGGUUGAAAACCCGAAUAGAACUCUUCCAAAAGCUCUUUCUUAUGCUCUUAUCUUGGUUGUUUCUGCGUACUUUUUCCCUCUCUUGAUUGGUACUGGAGCAGUUCCACUUCAUCAGAAAAUGUGGUCCGAUGGGUAUUUCUCAGAUAUUGCUAAAAUUUUAGGUGGUGUAUGGUUGAGAUCUUGGAUCCAAGGGGCUUCUGCGUUGUCAAACAUGGGCAUGUUUUUGGCAGAGAUGAGUAGUGACUCUUUCCAACUUCUAGGGAUGGCGGAGCGUGGGAUGCUUCCUGAGAUCUUUGGCAAGAGGUCUCGCUAUGGAACCCCACUUACUGGGAUAUUAUUCUCUGCAUCUGGUGUGUUUUUGCUCUCAUGGUUGAGCUUCCAAGAGAUUGUGGCGGCAGAAAACUUCUUAUACUGUUUUGGAAUGAUUAUGGAAUUUAUAGCAUUUGUAAAAUUAAGGAUAGAAUGCCCAGCGGCACCAAGGCCUUAUAAGAUACCUGUUGGGACGGUUGGAGCGAUUUUGAUGUGCAUUCCUCCAACCUUGUUAAUUUUAGUGGUAUUGGCACUUGCUUCUCUCAAAGUCAUGGCUAUUAGCUUCAUUGCUGUGAUUAUAGGGCUCAUUAUGCAGCCUUGUCUUAAAUAUGCAGAGAAGAAGAGGUGGCUCAGGUUUUCCAAAAAUUCUAACCUUUCAUCCACCUAUUCUGUGUAA